CUCGCGCCUGCUUGUGUUGCAGUGACAGGAGGCUCGCGGGGAGGUGUCACGUAAACGGCUCUGAACCCCGACCCGAACCUGGACCAGGACCUUCAGACCCGGACCCUCAGAUCCGGACCCGGAUCAGGAGUUCGAGGCCGGUUAUUUGCUGUGAAUGUGAGGGAGGACACGCGCAGCCGCCCGUUGCCGUCCGGUUCUCCGGAGCCUGCCGCGGAUCCCGGGAGCGGGAGGAGGAGGAGCAGCGGAUCCGGAUCAGACGGACCCCCAUGCGGACUGACAUGAUGGCGGAGGGUCCGCGCGGCAAGAGGCGAAAGCAGGCCAACCCCCGGCGGAAGAACGUGUUGAACUAUGACAGCGUCUUAGAGGCGGGGUCAGAGACCGAUGAUGAUGAUAGGCCGAACGGAGGGAGCGGAGCCGACGACGAUGAGGAGGCGAGCGGUCCCGCUGGUGUUCCUGCUCCGGAGGCAUCACCACGGGUGGGACACGCUUUGUUGUCGUACUGCGACCUGGAGGGGUCCGAGGUCAGGGACGGAUGCCAAAACCGCCACCAUUACCAUCAGGGGUGGAGCCUGGGAGACGAGUCAACAGGACACCUGAACGGGACAGAUGACAGGAAGGACUUUGAGCCUUUGGGUCCAGAAACAGGAAACGCUUCAGGUCAGAUGAAAAGACUCGAUGGCGUCUCAGAGCUCGAGGAGUAUUUUCUGAAGCGUAAACUGGAGGAAGGUGAUGGCCACGCAGUGACCAUUGCAGAGUACCUACAACGUACUGACACAGCCAUCAUUUACCCAGAAGCCCCAGAGGAGGUGACGCGACUGGGCACGCCCGAAGCCAUCGGACAGGACGAUAAUGAACACGAACUUCCUCCUGGCACACCUGAUGACUUCGCUCAGCUGCUCACCUGCCCGUUCUGUGACCGUGGAUACAAACGGCUGACGUCUCUGAAGGAACACAUCAAGUACCGCCAUGAGAAGAAUGACAGCGACAACUUCACCUGUCCACUGUGUAACGACACCUUCAGCCACCGCACACACCUGGAGCGUCACAUGACCACGCACAAGCCAACCAGAGAACAGCCGCAGCUUCUCAACGAAGGAGCUGGAAACCGCAAGUUCAAAUGCAGCGAAUGUGGAAAAGCCUUCAAAUACAAGCAUCACCUGAAGGAGCAUCUACGCAUUCACAGCGGUGAGAAACCAUACGAAUGCUCCAACUGUAAGAAGCGUUUCUCCCACUCCGGCUCCUACAGCUCUCACAUCAGCAGUAAGAAAUGCAUUGGUCUGAUCGCUGCCAACGGACGCAUGCGCCAUGGGAGCAAACCCGGCUCCUCCCCCAACUCCACCACCUCGUCACCUGGAAGCCCCGCCCUGGCCCAGCUCCGCCACAAACUGGAAAAUGCCCGCCCGCCGGGCCUCCAGGACCAGCAGCUGGACAUCAACGCUGAGCCUGUGGACUUCAACGAGUACCGGCUGCUGAUGGCGGCACAGCGCGGCUUCGGAGGAACGGGCAUGUAUGCCAACGGACGAGGAGAAACCAGCCCACUAAGCUCGUCCCACAGCCCUCUGCAACACCUCGGGGGGGUGGGGCUGGACAUGCCCCUGCUGAGCUACGGUGGACCACUGGGAAACAACCUGAGCGAGGUGCAGAAGGUGCUUCAGAUUGUUGACAACACCGUGUGUCGUCAGAAGAUUGACGAGAAUCCAGAGGAGAUCUCCAAACUCCGGGCCUACAUGAAGGAGCUGGGAGACCAGAUGGAGGACCAGAAGCUGAGUGGGUUUCAUAACAGUCCCACCAAGAGCAUCAUUGACUACACUCUGGAGAAAGUCAACGAGGCCAAGACACUCAUUGAUGACUCCAAAAGGCCUGUGGACAUCAAGAAGGAGAACCCCAACCACUCAGAUCUUGAGGAGAAAUCUCUGGAAUCACAGCAGUUCCUGCCCUUCUCCUGCCAGUACUGCAAGGACACGUUUAAUGGGCCGAUCCCGCUGCAUCAACAUGAACGCUACCUGUGCAAGAUGAAUGAGGAGAUCAAAGCCGUCCUGCAGCCGCCUGACAGCAGUCCGACAGGUCGCAGGGAACCAGUGGCGGCCAAUGAGCGAGGAACAAGUCCCGUCAACCCCUUCAAGGACCAUGUGUCGGUGCUCAAAGCCUACUUUGCCAUGAACACCGAGCCGAACUCAGAGGAGCUGCUCAAGAUCUCCAUUGCAGUGGGUCUUCCACAGGACUUUGUCAAGGAGUGGUUUGCUCAGUGGAAGACCCAAAACAACCGCGGGGGCCGCAGGAAGUCACCACCUCCACAUAUGAGCCACUUGCCAAUGUCGCUUCCAGAUUCACACAGUGGUUUCACAAACGGACUCACCAAGGCCAACCAGUUUACAGCGAACCAGCAGGGAGACAAACCACUAGACUCUUCGGACCAUUUGAGGAGUAACACAUCGUCGCCCCUGAACCUAUCGUCAACUUCCUCAAAAAACUCCCAGAGUAGCUCAUACACUCCAAACAGCCUGGCCUCUGAGGAUGCCCAUGGGGACACACCACUAGACCUGUCCCUACCCAAACACCUGGCCCAAAAGGCUGAGAAGCGACUCCGACCCAACGGGUUUUUCCUCGACCGAAAUGGGGAACUGGCAGCCCUAGACCUGGCCAGUAUUAAGAAGGAGGUCCUGUCACCAGAUGUUGGAGGGAACUCAGUCCACCAGCUGGAGAAAAGCACCAGUCCCAUUUUUGGGAUUAACCCAUUCGCUGGUGGUCCGGUGUACACUUCGCUGUCACCUCAUGGAGCAUUUCCACCAACCACUUUUAUGUCUCCAGCCCAGGCAUCCAUUCCAGGUCUCAGGCCUUACCCAGGCCUUGACCCCAUGAGCUUCCUGCCCCACAUGGCCUACACCUACGCCACCGGGGCUGCCACGUUUGCCGAAAUGCAGCAGAGGAGGAAGUACCAGCGGAAAACAGGUUUCCAGGGGGACCUACUGGACGGGACGGCGGACUAUCUGUCAGGCCUGGACGACCUGACAGACAGCGAUUCGCUGUUCUCCAGGAAGAAGAUUAAGAAGACUGAAAGUGGUAUGUACGCCUGUGACUUGUGCGACAAAACAUUCCAGAAGACCAGUUCCCUCCUAAGACACAAAUAUGAGCACACAGGUAAACGUCCUCAUCAGUGUCAGAUCUGUAAAAAGGCCUUCAAACACAAACACCACCUGAUCGAACACUCGCGCCUCCACUCCGGAGAGAAGCCUUACCAAUGCGACAAAUGUGGAAAACGCUUCUCACACUCAGGUUCGUACUCGCAGCACAUGAACCACCGCUACUCCUACUGCAAGAGGGAGGCGGAGGAACGCGAGGCGGCCGAGAGAGAGGCCCGGGACAAAGGAGGAGGAGGAGGAGGAGGAGGAGGAGGACCGGAGCUGCUGAUGAGGACCGCCUACCUGCAGGGUCUCGGACCUCUUGAGUACCCGGACCCUGAGGACCGGCGGGAGGACGGGACCGGGACUGGAGCGGGAGAUGAGGAGGCCAUGGGACGAACCGAGGUCAGGGACAAAACAGUGUACGAGGAGGUGACGGAUGGACAGGAGGCAAGUUUCAGGGAAAGGGAGGAGGAAGAGGAGGACGAGGAGGGGAAGGAUGAUGAAGAGGAGGACGAAAGCAAAGACACCACACUUAUGAUGGACGAGGGCUCAGAAGGAAAAACGGACGGCAAGUCGGACCAGGAGGACUGAUGGGAAAAGACAGAGGGUGGGCAGGGCUGUAAUGACAGAGGGCGGGGCUGUAAUGACAGAGGGUGGGGCUGUAACGACGCAUCAUGGAACAACUGGACCAAACCAAACACAUGUUCACCUCAACACGGAACAAUAUGCAUUUUCCAACAAUUCACAACACGAAGUGAUAAAAUUCCCCUCGUGAAAUAAAUCAGGAAAUGUUGACUGAUCAGAACAUCAGGUUCAUUAUUCAGCUCAGCUCCAUAUAUCAACCAUCCCAUUCAUAGGAAAAUGUCAUAAAAACGACCAAACCCUGAGCUCUGCCUCAUUCUUUUAUCAAACGUUAACGUCAGUAUGUGGAGGUUGAACCCAAUAUUUAUCAAAUCACAGCUGAAACCUGAUGCUUUUUUGCAUCUGAUUUUAUAAUGGGUACCUGUUGAACUACUGUAAGGGGUAAGAAUCACCAUAGCAACCUGUUAUUAUAAUUAGAAUAACUACCACUCAGUAAUGAACAUUUAGUGCUUUAAGGUGGGAAUCUACAUCUACAUUCAGCAUCUGAUGCUGAAGUUUUCCAGUUAUUGGUUUUAGGUUCGAGUUUCCCUUUUAACAGCUGCAUUUGAAGAAGAGUUAUUUAUUGUCCUUAACACACACACACACACACACACACACACACACACAAACAUGUAAUGGAAAAAAUAGAUUUAUUUUCCUUUUAAGCUUUGAAAACAAGCUGAACAAACUGGACAUAAAUAAGUGAAACCUGUUGAAAUGUGCAGAUAAAUAAACCUGAGGUGGAGAAGAGCUGUGACAUGUCUGUGUUCAGGUCAGUCAAUGCCUUUAACUGGUUUAAUCUGGAAUAAUUGCAAUAACGUGGUUGAGUAAUGACCUAAUUGUAACAGGCCUCAUUUAAAUACAAACUCAGUGAGUUUUAUUAUGAAUAUGAUAAAAAUUGAACUGAGUCGACUCUGGUGACUCCAUCUGGUUCAUCUGCAUUAAAGCUCCUGCAGGUUUUGGAAGAAUUCAAAAGGUUCAGGACUGAUGACCGAAAGCCGGUCACUAAAGUAUUUAUCAUUAAAUCCAGAAUUUAAAUGAGAUUCACUGAAGCUGCGUUUUAUAAAUGUGACUUUUCUGCCAUGUUGAAGUGAUGUGUGCGAUGUUUUGUGGUAUUUCCACAUGAUGCGUUGUCACAGGGACUGUUGAAACAUCCACUUUAUGCAAAAAAAGAAGUAAUAAUGUCUAUUCUCCUGCAGUGAAGCUGUGUUUGUGUACAGUAUUAUUCUAAACGCUGUGUCCCCGUCCAUUUCCCGCCGUCUUUGAAAUCUGCUUUAACCCCGAAUCACUACGAAAUAAAACAAAAAGAUGUAAAAAGAGGGACGGCGUGGAGCAGGCGGCGGCGGCAGUGGCGUCCUGUCAGUGUUGACGUGCUUGUGUCUCUUUUACUGUGACGUUUUGAUCCUUUCUGUUUUUGGAAACACCAACUAACCACAUGACUUGGGCCUCCAAUGUCUUCUAUCUGUUUAUGUGAAGGAACAUUUAAACCUGUGUCUGAUCUGAAUCCAUCGACCAUGUGACUCUUAAAGGAGGACAAGUGGGAUCUGAAAGGGCUCAGGUCCACUCAGAACCUGGAUCCAGCCUGGGUCAGGUUCUUUCCUCCAGAGAAAGCCUUAUAUAUGCAAACCUGUGGAGUGCCAUCCCUGUGUCAGUGUUAUCGUAGACUUUAGUUUACACGUCUGUGCAGUUCUGUCAGUGUUAACUUCAUGUUGUUUCUGUUGCUACACAAACAUCAUUUCUGUUUUUAUUUGAGAAUGACCGUUUUAUUUAUGUGAUUCAUUUUAUAUUUCCUAAUUUUAUUUAUUUCAUACUGUAGUGUACAGUAUUGGAGUUCCUCACACAUAGAUAUAUUUUAGUAAAAUGAUGCUUGUGUCGUUCUGAUUCAACAUCAAUAGUCUGGUGUUUGGAAAUAUUCACUCUGUCUUUUUGUUUCUCUUUGUUUUAACUACUGGAAAUUCUAAAUUUGGGGAACUUUUGAUACAAUGAUUAUUGUGAAAACACUGUAUUUUUAAGAUUUAAAAAAUCCACUUUAUUCAUCCCACUGUAGAGGUGAAGAUGGACUGAUGAAGAUGAAGAAGAUGAAAUGAAUUCCUGAAAUGUCUGAAGUAUUAUUAUUGAAUUUCUCUUCAAAUGCUCGAAUAAAUGUAGCCAAAAUU